UUUAUAACUCAAAUUAAAAAAACCGUUAUUUGUGUGCCUUUUUUAGUAUAUGUUUUGCAGUGUUGUUGUUGUUGUGGUUAUUAUUAUAUUAUUGUUGUUGUCGUUGAUGUAGUAAUGACUGACUGAAUCACUAUUUGUUUGUUUGUCAAUGUGUUAUCAAAAUGGCUGAGAUCCGGAUGACUGUCUGGUCAAUCAUCUCAUAUCCAUUUAGCAUAUUAUACGAUACGGUUAUAUCAUUGUUUAGAUUCACACUAUCACUACUGGGAGUACAUCCACAAAGACGUAUCCAAAGGAUAGCCGGCGAUAACGAUAAAUUUCGGGCAGACUUUGAACAACUAUACGGGAGCAGACAUCCAGAGUUUUUUGUUGGCACCUAUAACCAGGCCCUCGAAGUGGCCAAACGGGAGUUCAAGUUUUUGGUAGUCUAUUUGCACAGUGAUGUACACGAAGAUACCCAAGAAUUUUGUCGAUCGGUUCUAAUAAGCGAUCGUUUUGUCGACUUUGUCAGUGAACAGAGCCUAUUGUUCUGGUGUUCGUCUGUUGCCUAUAACGACGGCUUCUCAGUGUCCCAACAGCUCCGCGAGAGUACGUAUCCAUUCUUGGCAUUGAUUUGUCUUAAACAGAACCGAAUGGUUGUUGUCCGCAAGUUUGAGGGACGCAUUCAUUUGGACACACUAUUAGCACAACUUAAGUCAACCAUUGAAGACAACGAAACCAAUUUGAUUGCCGCCAGACUAGAACGCGAAGAAAGAAUUAUGAAUCAAUUACUACGACAAGAACAGGACGAAGCCUAUGAAGACUCGCUCAGAGCUGAUCAGGAAAAGGAUCGCAAAAAAUUAGAAGAGAAGAACCGAAAAGAGGCCGAAGAUAAGGCCAAACGAGAAAUAGAAUUGGAAAAACAUCAACAAAAAGAACGACUUCUUCAACUGAAAAAUUAUUUAGUCCAAGAGAUACCUCCAGAACCAGAAGCCAAUGAUAAUAAUGCAACACAACUAGUGAUAAAACUUCCGAACGGCACUCGUCUCGAGAGACGAUUCUCAAAGAGUGAAUCCAUUAAAUAUUUAUAUUAUUUUGUGUUCUGCAAUAAGGACUCUCCUCUGAACUUUAAGAUGCGAACCAACUUUCCCACCCGUGACCUACCCGGCCAUUCACCACAACUCAAAGAUUUUAUCUUCAAUGAUGACAACAGCAUCAGUGGCGGUGUUGUCGAAGACACUAACGAUGAGUGGCAGACACUUGUCGAGUGUGGUCUCGGCAACCGAGAGAUGCUUUUUGUCAACGACUUGGAUGCCUAAAACCGCAACAAUUAACAACCAUUUUAUAUAAAUAAAAAAAGAACUUAUUAUUUGUUAUUUCAUUAUUCAUCUGAAGUCUAAAAACUCAAUUAUCAGUUAAAAUCUUAGCCGUACUCUUGAAACUAAAAGAAGUUUAUUUCUAUUUAUUAUAUGAUAUAUACAUUU